AUGGAGCAAAAGGACCCAACACCCGAAAACAUGACCAUGAUGCAGGGGUUCGAGUGGUAUGUGCCUGCAGACCAGAAGCAUUGGCGGCGCCUCAAGGAGCAGAUACCCAAUCUCAAAAGCUGGGGCAUCGACAACAUUUGGAUCCCGCCAGGAUGCAAGGGCUCAGGAAAGGAAGCAAACGGCUACGAUGUUUACGAUCUGUAUGAUCUUGGUGAAUUUGACCAGAAAGGUACUGUCGCCACAAAAUGGGGCUCCAAAGACGAGCUGCUAGACUUGUGCAACACUGCCACGAAAACCGGUGUCGGCAUUUAUUGGGAUGCAGUAUUGAAUCACCGAUUCGCUGCCGACCACAAAGAGAAAUGCCAAGCUGUGGAAGUUGACCCGGAUGAUCGUAACAAACGAAUCAGCGACCCAUACGAAAUUCAAGCCUGGGUCGGUUUCGACUUUUCUGGAAGAGGCGACAAGUACAGCAAGCAAAAGUACCACUGGUAUCAUUUCAGUGGUGUCGACUUCAAUGCGGAGAAUAACAAAACCGCUAUUUACAACAUCGUUGGCGACAAAUCUCACGGCUGGGCCGAGGUUCCUGAUGUGGAUGAUGAGAAUGGAAACUACGACUAUCUCAUGGGUGCCGACUUGGACUACUCUCAUCCCGAGGUAGAGGCCGAUGUUCUGGCAUGGAGUGACUGGCUCGCCCAGUCGAUCCCUCUCAAGGGCGUCCGGUUCGAUGCCAUUAAACAUUUCAGCGCCAAGUUUGUACAAAAGUUUGUGAAGCAACUAGACGAAAAGUACGGCAAGGGGUGGUUCUUUGUCGGCGAAUUCUGGAAGGACAGCCUCGAGGACAUGAAAAAAUACUUGGACCACAUGGAUCACCAAUUCUCCUUGUUUGAUGUGCCGCUAGUUUACAGUUUCAGCGAAAUCAGUCAAGCUGGGAGUGCAGAUAUCCGAAAAGUAUUCGAAGGGUCGCUUGUACAGUGCCGGCCAACGAAUGCCGUGACCCUGGUUAUGAACCACGAUACGCAGCCGCACCAGGCUUUAGAAGUUCCCAUCUCGGAUUGGUUCAAACCUCUGGCCUACGCCUUGAUUCUUCUCCGUGGCGAAGGAUAUCCGUGUGUCUGGUACGGGGAUCUCUACGGCAUCCAGGGCGAGCAUGUUUGUCCACCUAGCUGCGGCGGAAAACUUGCGCAACUCAUGCUAGCUCGAAAACUGUAUGCGUACGGGCGACAGGCAGACUACUUUGACCAUGAGACCUGCCUCGGAUGGGUGCGAUAUGGCACCCAUGAUCGUCCUUUCGGGCUGGCUGUUGUGCUGAGCAACGCGGGGCCUGGCACAAAGCGAAUGCACGUUGGUGAAAUGCAUCAAGGGGAGAAAUGGUCUGAUGUAUUGGGCUGGUCGGAAGGCGAGGUGACGAUUGGUGAAGAUGGCUUUGGCGACUUCACCUGCGGACAAUGCAGCGUGAGUGUUUGGGUGAAUGAAGGCGCUCUUGACCGGAGCAGGUUCACAGAAGAAUUCAAUAGUCAUAUUUACGGCUAG